GUAAACUACACGUUGAGGUCUGAUGUGAUGUACUUCAGCGCUGCAGAAUAACCAGGUGACGUUGAGUGAACCUGGUCCUCUUGAAGCUCUUGUUCUCCGGUGAGCGCGGCUGCAGCGUCUCUCUGCCGCUGCCUGGACAGAGCGAAGGGGGCGUCCCACGGUUCGACCGUCUAUUAAUACUCUGGCCCCUUAAUACGGAGAGCGCUCCGCAGCUGCGACUGUGACUACAUUUGGAGCGACAGUCCGUGGGGAGGGACCGGCCGGUCUGUGGAGUAGCAGCGGCACAACACAUGCCCACAUCACACGGCGCGCACUGCAUGAGCAAUGCCACGUCCUCACAGGAACAGAUCAUUCUGCUGCCCCUGAUUGGUGCACCCCGAGCAAAGAAAGGCCUUAGGUCCGAUGGAAUCUGAACUUGACCGGAGGGAAGUUUGGCUCCUGCGUUUUGCCUUAGCUAAAAAAGUGGAGAAAGAACAACCCGUCUGCUUUCUUUCUCUAAAUGCUUUGCAACUAUUCGAGUAGACUCGACUGAAUUCUUCUGUGGGACAUGGACGCCAUGGAGAACCCGGUCCUGGAGCCCAGAUCGGAGCGGAUCGCUCGAUAUAAAGCUGAGAGGAGGCGAGAGCUGGCCGAACGCUAUGGCAACAUGGAGGAGCUGCCUACCAAGUGGGUGAGGAGGGACCGGAAGGAGGUGCAGGACCCGGCGACCCAAACCCACAGGGGGGCGUUAAGCUCAGAUGGCCUCGGUGAAAGAGUGAACGGCAGGAUGCAAGGUGUUACGAAUGGAUUAGAGGCAGACGCUCCUGCAGAGUCCAACUGCUUGAGAAGGCAGGGUGACUCUGCCAGCAUGCUGAGUGGGGAGGGGUGCCCCGUCCCUCUUGGACUCGAUGCCCCGCAGCUCCACACUCGGGUGUCGGUGGGCCAGUUGAGAAGUACCCUUCUGCAGCAGGCAGGGAGCGGAGCGCAGCCCGAGAAACUCUGCCCGGACGCCACCUCCUCUCUGGAUCUGGCCGUGAAGCCGGGCACCGAGGGGGGCCGGCGACGCACCCGGCGCUACCUCCCCGGCGGGCCAGGCGCCGGGCGCAAGAACAGCGAGCGCUUCAGGACGCAGCCGAUCACAGCCAAUGAGAUGGAGGAGAGCAGCGGGCUGUUGGACGCGGAGGAAGAGGAGAACGCUAAAGCUGAUGUGAAAACAGACGACAGAGCCAAGAUGAGUGUUGCAGCCAAGAUGUCUUUGUUUAAAGAGCUGGAGAAGUCCGCCGCCCCCGAAGCCUCGGCCUUCCUGAAGCCACGCUCAGGCAGUGUUUGCCAUGAGCGCAGGGCGCGCCGUGGCAACGACCAUCGCUUCCUGACUCAGCCAAUCACCUGCGAGGAAAUCGUGGCCAUCAGCGCUCCUAAACCAGCACCACCAGUGGAGUCCCAGUCCGAGCAGGCUGAGCCGGUGGAGGACAACGAUGAGAGCUGCAAGCUGAGCAUGAGUGAGAAGCUCGCCCUCUUCAACAAACUGUCUCUACCGGGGAGGCAGACGGACGGCCCCACUGAAGGACCCCCAGAGAGACGGAGGCAGAAAGGGGCUCGGUACCGCACGCAGCCCAUCACUGUGGAGGAGGUCAGCCUGCUGCAGAAAGGCCCCGUACAGCUUCCUGCCUUCUCUUUGUCCGCUCAUCUGUCCGACAGACAGCAGGCCUCGUCUGUCAACCUCAAACCCAGCGAGGUACGACUUUCCCAGCCGAGACCUGACACUGGCCCCGGGCCUGUGGAGCCCGGCAGCCCGACCCAGCAGGGCCUGAGAGGAAUCCUGAAGAAGAGCAGCUCCGGAGGUCCUGAGUGGAGCAGGACGGAUGCACCGUUCAGCCACGAACAGAAUGGUGGAGGCUGUGUGGAAGAGGGGGCACGAGGGAGGGCGGAGAGCACGGAGCGGCAGGAUAUUCCCGUACCGCCGAGGAGAGAGAGGCGCGGGGAGGGAGGCUCGCUGACCGCAGCUCCCUGGAGGCAGAGGGCUCGAACCAGGAGGGAAACCAUCGCCUGUACACCGACAAGAGCCUGGUCAGAGCAGGGCGCUCUUCAGGAGGACAGGAACAGCUGGACGAAGCCACAGGAACAGCUGGUUGCUGCUGUGGAGAGCAGCUCAGAUGCUGCUGAGAGACUUCAGCAGCAGAAUGUAGAGGAGAGUGUGAGGAAGACGGAUGAAGAAACCAGGUUCACGGGACACGUUCAGGUCACACUGGUAGAUGACAACGUCACACUGCAGGAGACGAAAGACACCGGCAGGAGUAAGGAGGAGACGGAGCACCUCCGUGUGGACAGCGUGAACCCUCAGUGCUGGGAACCCGUCUUUGCCUCUGUUUAUUCUAGCACUACGCCCCAGUAUAUCAUGUGUUUCAAUCAGACGAAUCAGUCCUUUGAGGCGCAAGAGGUCGCCUCUCCCACCAGCAGCCAGAGUCAGCCUCAGUGGAGACAGAAGACGGACGAAGCCGAGGAGAGGAAUGAGGAAGAGGGCCAGAGAGGACUUGGAUCUGCAGAAUCAGACAGAAGUGACGCCUCUCAGAUGAAGAGACCGUCCGCUGAAGCUCCAACAUGCACAUAUGAAGCUCCGCAGAGCUCCCCACUCUCAGUGGAUCCUCAUGACACGAAGGAGGAGACACACCGGAGCGAAUCAAACGCGUUCAACAGAGGUUUCUACGUAGAUCGGUCGCCUCCCUCUGCCCGCGCACCACCGCCAUGUGGAGACACCGCUGCCGCAGAGAGCGAGCAGGACCUGGACGUCCUCUGCCAAACCAACACACCCAUGCUGACCUCAGCAGUAGCAGAGCACAGGCGCUCGGUGCGUCCGUCCCGGCGGACUCAGGGCUCCAGGAACCCUCUGAGGGCUCUGGCCGCCCGGGAGGACAUCAGGCAGGACUACAUGGGCGAGAGAGUGACUGCAGCUUCAGAGGAGAGGAUCCAGGCAGAGAACAAGUCCAAGAACUCCUCUGAGUCACAUCUCGCCCGAUCGGACAGCGUGAUCUCUUCCUCUGAUGCCGCGUCUUACCCUCCGUUCAGCAGCCUGAUGCUCAUUCAUGUCAAAGGUAGGCGGCAUGUCCAGGUGCGUCUGGUGGAGCCGUCGGCGCGGUCGCUCAACAGCGGAGACUGCUUCCUGCUGGUCGCUCCGGAGCACUGCGUCCUGUGGAGCGGAGAGUUUGCCAAUGAGCAGGAGAAAGCCAAGGCCUCCGAGCUGGCAUCAUCCAUCCAGAGUCAGAGGGACCUCGGCUGUCAGGCCUCGCGGGUUGUCCACCUGGAGGAGGGGCUGAACUGUGACAGCAGCCUGGCCGCAGACUUCUGGAGCCUUCUGGGGGGACGGACGCAAUACAGAGGAGCCAGUGCAGAAGAGGAGGAUGAGCUCUAUGAGCGUGGCGUGGUGGAGUCCAACUGUGUGUACAGGCUGAUGGAGAACAGGCUGGUGCCUGAGGAACAGGCCUGGGCCUCCAUCCCCAGCGUCUCCCUGCUGGGCUCCACUGAGGCCCUGGUGUUUGAUUUCGGCAGCGAGGUGUACCUGUGGCACGGACAGGAUGUUUCCCUCAGCAGGAGGACCGUUGCUCUCCAGCUGACUCACCAGGUGUGGGCCGGAGCUUAUGACUACAGCAACUGUCGAGUCAAUCCUCUGGAUCCCACACAGUGCAACCCCGGCGCGCCGCUGAGGGGAGAGGGACGGCCCAGCUGGGCGUUGUUCGGCUGCGUCUCCGAGCACAACGAGACGUCUCUGUUCAGAGAGAAGUUCCUGGACUGGAUGGGCCGGACUGGAGGCAGUGAGGAAGCUGCUCCCAUGAAUGAGGAGACACAGCCUGUCCCACUUCAGUCCUCCCUCUCAGUGUCCCCGUCGUCAGACCUCCUGAGCGCCUGCGACGCCAAAGCUCUGGUGUCGGGUCAGUCACUGGCAGGGGACGGCUUGGUCCACAGCGUGCUGGCCGGGGUCGACGUCCAGAGGGGGCACGGGGUCAUCACGCUGGAGGAGGGACGUCAGAUGGAGCUGAAGACGGUUGCCGUGGACACCUGGCACGUCCAGGAGUUCGAUGACAGCGAAGUCCCCGUGGAGAACACCGGACAGCUUCACGAAGGAGACUCCUACGUCAUCCGCUGGACAUACAGCGCCAUCACUGUCGACAAUCGCGAUGAGUGCAGCAGAGAACCCAGACAGAAAGAAAACACCGCCUUGUUUCUGUGGAGGGGCCGACACUCCAGCGUCAGCGGGCGGGACACGGCUGCUUUCCUGUCCAUCGGGAUGAACAACCAGGAAGAGUCACAGGUGGUGGUGCCUCAGGGAAAGGAGCCUCCCUGUUUCCUGCAGCUCUUCCAGGGAGGCCUGGUCGUUCACAAGGGCAGGCGAGACAGGGCGGCCAACACAGAGUGGCGUCUGUUCUGCGUGCGAGGAGAGCUCCCAGAGGAGGGAUCUCUGCUGGAGGUUGAUUGCUGCUGUGCAGGUCUGAGGUCCAGAGGCUCUGUGGUUCUCCUCAACAGCCAGCAGGGGGCGCUGUAUCUCUGGACGGGCUGUAAAGCUCACAGCAGCUCCAGAGAGGUCGGCCGGAGGGCAGUGGAGAGGCUCACCCAAACGUGUCCGUCAGAGUUGGGUCUGAGCCAGAGCAGCCGUGUGACGGUGCAGGUGGUGGAGGAGGGCUCGGAGCCUCCGGACUUCUGGACCGCACUGGGGCAGAUGGACAGGAAGGCCUACGACUGCAUGCUGCAAGAUCCUGGAAAGUAUAACUUCACACCUCGCCUCUUCCACCUGAGCGGUGCCUCGGGGAGCUUCAGAGCCGAAGAGCUGCAAAGUCCAACGCGGCUGCCGGGGCUUGUUAUGGCGAUGCCCUUCGUCCAGGAGAGUUUGUACUCUGUACCACAGCCAGCCUUGUUCCUGCUUGACAACCGUCUGGAGGUCUACCUGUGGCAGAGGGGUCAGCCCGAGCAGACGGAGAGCUCAGCUUCGGCCUGGAGCUCCUGGCACAGCGAGAGGCGGAGUGCCAUGCAGACGGCGCUGCAGUACUGCAAAGAGAUGAACCCAAGACGCCCACCACAGGCCUACCUCAUCUUUGAGGGGUCAGAACCUCUCACCUUCACGAAUGUGUUCCCCCGCUGGGAGAAGAGCCCGGGACCCCAUACACAGGGCGACGCGGGGCGGGUGAAGCUGACCUUGGUGCAGGACGCCCUGGCCCAGCUCAUGAAGACCCAGUAUCCUUUGGAGGAGCUGCUGCGGAGCCCCCUACCUGAAGGAGUUGACCCCCAGCACCUGGAGGUCUACCUGUCAGAUCAAGACUUCCAGGCUAUUUUGGAAAUGAAGAGAGAUGAGUACGCCUCCCUCCCGAGCUGGAAGCAAAUUGAUCUGAAGAAAAGCAAAGGGCUGCUUUGCUAGACGGCGAUAACAAGCGGAGGCUGACCGGCGUUUCCUGCAGCUGACCUCCUCCUCCACUGAGAAAGGAAAGAGGACAGGGGGAUAUUUGCACCAUGUUGCUGCACAAAGGACUGCUCACAGUGUAAUAAAAAGAGGAAAUUCACUUUUAUUUAUGUCAAAUUAGUACGAGUGUGUGGACUUUUUAUCAGACAUGGAUUUCUCUGUAGCUAUCGUUCAGAGCAAAAACACACAACGCAUUUUUCCUAUGAAACUUAAUUUUAUCUGUACAAAUCAAUGAAGAUAAACAAACCAAAAAAAAAAAGAGAGAGGUGUGUGGCAGUGAGGGAAAGACAUCAGUAACAAUCUGUGGAAUAACGAUGAGAAAACAAAGGAGUGCUUACAAAAAAAAGAUCAAUGCUAAUAAACAAUGUAAACAAGAAAAAAAAUAAAAGGCUAAACACUUUCUAAACGUUUCCUUCUCGAUCGAUCCAUCUAAACACCUCUGCAUGUUCAGAGCUGCAGCUUUUUUCAUUAGAUUUUUAAAAACUGCUGUUUUUUCCUCCUGAUUGUCACCAGAAUCUUAAACAAACACGUGUGCUUGACUCCCUGAUCCAUCAUGUGUAUUUACCAGUCAUGUGUCAUUCGAUGUACUCAUGUGUUCAUUUGCCUGCCAGCCUUGUGUGUACAAAUGUUUGUGCCAUGUGUAUUGUAGCCUAAGCCCAUGUGUUCAGUGUGGCUGUGGGUAAUGCCUUAUUAUUCACCAUUAGCUAUGCAUGGAGAAGCAUGAUAGAUAUGCUCCAAUAACAUCCCUCCGGCCCCGAAACAGCACGCUAAUUCUGCUUCACCUCAACCGACACACUGUUCAAAAAAAAAAACCCAACAACAUGGCAACACAUGAAGACAGACUGUAUCCCUCAGCGGUGUGUGACAGCUCAACAUUUACAGCAACACUUCGAACAGCUACUAGUGAUGUUCUUAAAAUGUCUACUUUUAUACUGGUGUAACAUCCUUUUCCUCUUGUAGAUAGAAAACAGCUGCUGCAGUUGAAUUUGAUAGCAAACCUUGAGCUUUUUUAAGCAUUUUGUUGUCAGAAUUAAAAGUGUUUCUUGACUCACUGUCUACUGACUUUGUACAAGGGAAAAAUAGGAUAUCUACAGCCAUGCUAGCUGCUCUAUAACAUCUCUGGCUGUACUUAGGUAUAAAAGUGGUUUGAUGCUACAUGAGUAACUGUUAUAAAGCUAACAUUCUGAUGUUUAGCAGUUAUAAUAUUUAGCAUCCAACGCACUAGCCUAAACAAAGAUGCUAAACAUCAGCAUGAUAACAUCACAAUAAGAACAUGCUGAUAUUUAGCCAGUAUAAUGUUUAGCAUCUAAAACAUGCUAACACAUUUAACAAAGACGCUAAAAUAUAUUCAUGAGUUUCAGUAGUCCUACACCUGCCAUGUUGGGGACCAACACAGGUGUUUCAAUUUGAGUUGUGUUUCUGAUUGGCUUAGAACUAAUUCAUUAGUUUGAAACACCUGUGGGUCCCCAACAUGGCAGGUGUAGGACUACAUUUGAAACUCAUGGAUACCUGCUGCACAUUAGCAUGGCUACACUCACAAUGAUCCUGCAAAAAAACUAAACAAAGAUGGAGUUGCUGACAUUUAGCAGAGGCCAGCGCUGCCUCGCGCAGAACCACCAUGUGAUCUUCGGCCGCGUGAAGCGACUGGUCGAUCCAGUCCAUACUGCCGGACAUGUGACAGGCGUUGCGGGUGACCAACACCAGGUGGCUGACUGAAAGCAGGAGAGCGGUGGCCCUGAGGAGGAAGAAGAGGAGCUCUUACAGAUGCCUAAUCAAUCAGACUGAAAGUAAAAAAAAGGCUCUCAAAAAGCCUCUUUAAAGUGAUUACCUGGCAUCCAGGAGGAUUGGAUCCAGAGGCGGGUACAUGGAUCUGACCACGUCGUCCACCCUGUGAGACGAGACCGUGAGCAGGCGCGCGGAGACGGCACCGACAUCUCCAAAUCUGUUCUCGUGAGCGCGCGCGGAGCUGCUGCAGCCGCCAGUGACUGAAGUGAGAUGAUCGCACCUUCAGCGCGCGCCCGAUGCGUACACCAACGGUCGCUGGGGCCGCGCGCGCCCGCUGCCAUGUUGGAAAAGGAGAGCUCUGGACUCAGUGCGACAUCUUUAACGCUAGGUGGCGGACUGCACCUGCUUAACAUGCGCUGCUCUCAUCACACACGACAAAAGGAGGCUGUUCCCAUCUGCCUCAAGACAGCCAACAUGUCCCUGUGUCUAAAAAGUCUGCAGUGUCUAUUUAAAAAGAGUGACUGCCCUGUGGCACUCACCCAGCACAGGACACAGGUGUAUCCCCCGUCAUUCCACCAGACUACAGAGCAGCUUCUCUCCUCAAGAUAGCACACUGCUCACUCUGCACAUGGAUAAAGUGCUGAGAGCAACUUCCCUUCCCAAACAUGCAGGAUCAUUUACAGAAUACAACUUUAAAGAGCAUUUGUUGUUCAAGCAUUGGCCCACAAGCUUCACAGUCUCACCAGUCAAUAAACAGCACUCUGAAGCUGGAGGCAAACCAUGACAACACCAUCUGUAACAGACCAUCUGACUUAGAAACGUUGGCGGCUUUGAUGGUACUUCAUGUCUGAUGACCAGCAGUAAUGUCACUUAAAAAGAAACUACAGCUACGUGAAGGGUCCUUAGGCCUCAUUUCCUGUACAAAAGUUUUGUUGAUUUGUACUUUUAAAUGUUUACUAUUGUCUUUAGAUGUUAACUUACCCAUAUUACACAAACUUGUUUAACAGUGCUGUGCUGGGUCAAAAAACUGAAGGCAAAAGCUCAAAAUCUUAUGGUGCCUGUGACUCACACAACCCCUAGGUGUUAUGUGCACUGCAGAUCAGCUCCACAAAGUUUUGGAUCAAGAAAUUUAAAGUGAAAAAAAAAAAACUCAUGCAGAAAAACAGUUGAUUGUGUUACGUCCCUCUGUAAACAGACACACUGUGAGCAAGAUUGUCAACACUUGGUCUAAAGAUUGGUGACCUCAUCCCUGGAACAUCCUACUUUUCCUACUUCACCUUUCUUUUUUUUUUUUUUUUUAAUUAUUUUUAUGUAAGGCAGAAAAAAUAUAGUGUGAAGUCAACCUGAAAGUCAACUUUUGUUCAUACAGAGAUGAGCCUUAGGCUGUUUUUAGCCAUCCAUGUGCUCCACCCCUCUACUUUGUACCUGCUGACUUCAUAUGAGCAUGGACAUUUUUUUCUAAUUUCAUUAAAUGAAUUAUGGAUUAAGAAAUCCCUCUACUGUU